AUGAUCCAUGAUCCUGGAGAACGAAGCUUCCCUCCCACUUCUCUUCCCUUUCUACUCAUCAGGAAUCCUAACAUGCUUCGAAUAUUGACUCUGGUCGUGUUACUUGGCAUUUGCCACGCAAUGCGAGAUCAGUCGAUAGCAAUUCGAGGAAAACUUAUUUGUGGAGCAAAACCUGCCUCUAAUGUUAGAGUGAAAUUAUGGGAAGAGGAUACUGGACCAGAUCCCGAUGACCUUCUUGACUCUGGUUACACAGAUGGCAACGGCGAGUUCCGUCUCAGUGGUGGAACCGCUGAGUUGACUCCAAUUGACCCGGUAUUUAAGGUCUACCACGACUGUGAUGAUGGAAUCAAGCCCGGAAAACGCAAGGUCAAGUUCUAUCUACCUAAAUCCUACAUCACUUCAGGAAAGACACCGAAAAAGGAAUUCGAUAUAGGAGUGCUGAAUCUCGAAACUAUUUUUCCUAAGGAAGAACGGGAGCUGAUAGUAUCGAGAAGACGCAGGCAGAAGGAAGAAGAAUCGGAUGACUCAGACUCGUUCGAUUACUAUUCGCGUGUGAGACAGAGGGAAGAAAUGAGAUUCGGAGAACAUUGA